GUUCUUUUGUCCUCCUCCAUGUGUGUAUCUUAUGGGCAGUGGAUGGAAGAAAAAAAAAGAGCAAAUGGAACGGGACGGUUGCACUGAGCAAGAGUCACAGCCUUGCGCCUUCAUUGGAAUAGGCAACAGCGACCAAGAAAUGCAGCAGCUGAACUUGGAGGGAAAGAAUUAUUGCACUGCCAAAACAUUAUACAUAUCAGACUCAGACAAGAGAAAGCACUUCAUGUUGUCGGUAAAAAUGUUCUAUGGCAAUAGUGACGACAUCGGCGUGUUCCUCAGUAAACGGAUCAAAGUCAUCUCCAAACCCUCUAAAAAGAAACAGUCACUGAAAAAUGCAGACUUAUGUAUUGCGUCAGGGACAAAAGUGGCACUAUUUAAUAGACUUCGAUCCCAAACAGUUAGCACCAGAUAUUUGCACGUAGAAGGUGGUAAUUUCCAUGCCAGUUCACAACAGUGGGGAGCAUUUUACAUUCACCUCUUGGAUGAUGAUGAAUCAGAAGGAGAAGAAUUCACAGUGAGAGAUGGCUACAUUCAUUAUGGGCAGACUGUCAAACUUGUAUGCUCAGUUACUGGCAUGGCACUCCCAAGACUGAUAAUUCGAAAAGUAGAUAAACAAACAGCAUUAUUGGAUGCAGAUGAUCCAGUAUCACAGCUCCAUAAAUGUGCAUUUUACCUUAAAGACACUGAGAGAAUGUAUUUGUGCCUUUCCCAGGAGAGAAUAAUCCAGUUUCAAGCCACUCCAUGCCCAAAAGAACCAAAUAAAGAAAUGAUUAAUGAUGGAGCUUCUUGGACAAUCAUUAGCACAGAUAAAGCAGAAUACACAUUUUAUGAGGGGAUGGGACCGGUUCAUGCUCCAGUGACACCUGUGCCUGUUGUAGAAAGUCUUCAAUUGAAUGGUGGUGGGGAUGUAGCAAUGUUGGAACUUACAGGACAGAACUUCACUCCAAAUUUACGUGUCUGGUUUGGGGAUGUGGAAGCUGAAACCAUGUACAGGUGCGCAGAGAGCAUGCUAUGUGUUGUUCCAGACAUUUCUGCAUUUCGAGAGGGCUGGAGGUGGGUCCGUCAGCCCGUCCAGGUUCCAGUAACUUUGGUCCGUAACGAUGGCAUCAUUUACUCCACCAGCCUUACCUUCACGUACACGCCGGAGCCAGGGCCACGGCCACACUGCAGUGCUGCUGGAGCAAUCCUCAGAGCCAACUCGAGCCUCAUGGCUUCCAGUGAAACAAACACAAACAGCGAGGGAAGUUACACAAACGUCAGCACAAAUCCAACCAAUGUCACAUCAUCCACAGCAACUGUAGUUUCCUAACUACUGUUGUUCGUCUGGACUUAACUGACUUUUAAGUGCUACAUUCAAGAGAACUGAACAAUUUUUGUGGUUUCAUGGGAAAACGCCUUUCCAUUUUAGGUGAUAUUAUUUGAACCUUGUUACCUGCAAGUGCUGAUCUUAAAUAUAGAAGCCACA